UUUUUUUAAUGCUUUAUCUUCAUCCAUCGACUUCGCCUCCCACCCUUUGAUUGCCUGCUACACUUUCAGUCAGAGUACUGACCCCAAAACAUCCAGCAAACAACAAUGUCUAAAUUACGUAUGGACUCUAACCUUUUAAAACAGAUUAGUGUACAUUUGUACAACUUUAACCAGAGGAUAUAAAAAGUCUACACACCCCUGUUCAAAAGUGAUAUUGGAGGAAUAGAGUUAUAUUGUAUAUUUCACCGCAGGAGGUCAUGUGACAUCCAAAAGGCAAAUUUAAGAGGAAGGGGGGGCAAUUAACAUGGGAAGCCAGAUGUAUUAUGACUCAUAAAAGCGUAGGAAUUUUGGAAGAAAGCCAAAGAAUUAAGUGGGUAGUUUUUUGCAGCAACAUGAUGAGUAGAUUAUGUGCAGUAUCAUACGGGCCAUAUGGAGCAGCCAUGGACGAGUGAUUUUUAGUCCAGUCCUGUAGACACAAGUAUUUGAAGGGCGUAUGGGUGGAUGAUUGUGAAGGGAUUUUUACAGUCAGUUAUAUAAGGUUACUGCCCUGGUAUUUUUUAAUACAUUAAAAUUUGAUUGUGGAAUGUGAGUAACAGCUUGAGACUAGUGUUUUUGUGAACGACUACUGUUAUGAAAGAGGGGGGGCUAAUUACCUCAUCACCCCCCACAUUGACUUUAAAUAAAAAUAAAAUCUUCUUAGAUUUUUAUGCAGCCGUCCAAACAAAAUAUUUAUGCACUCCAACAGUGUAAAAACUCUUCAAUAUAGCUCAUGUAUAAAAGUAAUUAAAAACAAAACUCCAUUUUACUGUUUUGCUUAGUGUAACCUGAUUGGCGCAUGUGAAAACGUCACUUCCUGUCAGGCUGGCUGCGUGAUGGCGGCGCCCCUGACGUUUCUGGCACAUUGACUGCUACCGUAGUCGUGCGUGCGGGUGCUCUUCCACGUUAUCCCGGAACGUACACUUGUAGAUGACAUUAUUAUAAACAACAGCUAAGGACCGGGCGUGUUGGUAAAUAUGAUGGCUCUUCACAGAAUGUCCUUCAGGCUUCGGCAAACGUGGACGCAUGCUCGAUGGCUUCAUACGAGUGGAUUGGGCCAGCAGCAGGAAGCUUUGGUGGCUGAGCCAGAACCUGAGCCCUUCUCAGUCUUCAGAACACAGCAGAACGAUCCAGCUUGUCAGUCAGAGAAACACAUUGGACAGUUUUACACAAUACCUUCUGCACACAUUCGAACGCUCUUCCCUCACGGGCUCCCCCGACGAUAUCAGCAACAGGCGAAGACGUUUACCGAAGCGGCCGUGAUGGUGAGGCAGCCUGCUUUGGAGGUCAUCUCCUACCUGAAGGAAACGGAUAUGAGCAAACCAGUACAGCGUUAUAUGUUCUAUGGAUUAAAGGGCGGCGGAAAGACUUUAUCUCUCUGUCAUGUCGUCCACUUUUGCUUCACGCAGGGAUGGCUGGUUCUGCAUAUACCUGAUGCUCACAGCUGGGUGAAGAACUGCAAAGAGCUGCUGCCUUCAUCCUUCAACGCCUCUCGCUUCGACCAGCCUUUGCAAGCCACCGAGUGGUUGCGCAACUUCAAAAUCACCAAUGAGCCCUUCCUGUCCAAGUUAAAGACGACGCAGCGCUACGUGUGGACGAAGAGAGAGCUCACCGAGGAGGGAAGACCUCUUGGCGAGCUGGUGGACCAGGGCAUCGCUCGUGUGAAGAGCAGCAGCGAUGUGGUGGGAGCGCUGAUGAAGGAGCUGAGGCAGCAGAGCGGGCAGCCGGGCUGUGACUUUCGCCUGGCCGUGGCUGUGGAUGGCGUCAACGCCCUGUGGGGCAAGUCCAGUAUGAAAAAGGAGGACAAGAGCGAGGUGAAUCCAGAUGAGCUCACUCUCAUAUAUAACCUGAGGAAGAUGAUGAGGAACGACUGGACGGGAGGUACCAUCAUCACCACUCUGUCUCAUACUGGCGCUGUGUACCCGCCCAAAUUGGCUUACUUGCCCCAGGACCUGAUGGGAGAGAGAGGUUUUGACAACAUGGACCCGUUUAUCCCGGUGUGCGUGCCCUGUUACAGCGAGAAGGAAUUUGAGAGCUGCUACCUCUACUACAUGGACCGCAACUGGCUGCAGCAUCCAAUGACUCGAUCAGAAGAAGGCAAGAAAGAGCUCAUCUUUAUGACUGACAGGAUCCCAUCGUUAAUGGAGAGAAUUUGUGCCUUCCUAUGAAGUCUCAGACAAUAUACGCUCAUGUCACACAAUAAUCUGCAUUCUAAAAAAGCAGAAGCUCAAUAUUCAUGUCUAUAAUGUGUAUCUGUAAAUUAUUCAUUUGCUGUGUUUGCUAAUAAAUGUUUAAAAAGCCAA